AUGGCUAGGAUUUGUAGCAUUCAUUACGAAGCCUUUGUUGCACCACGUGUAGAAGGUAUGCUGUUCAAGGUCCUGAUGGUGUUCAACCGUGCCAAAAUUGCCAAAGCAAGAAGGCUCGAUAUUUUUACUCCCUUCAUCGGUGUAAUAGAAGUACACUUUUCUGACGAGGCUGCAGAGAAAUUGAUCGGGAAGCCGGCUGGUGGAAUGGUGAAGCUGCAUAAGGAUUUGUUACGAACUAAACUGUCUCCACUCUGCUAUCGUCCGAUGCUUUUCCGUAUUUCUCAGCAAAGUUCGAGAUGGUUCAUCGAUGACUGGAAACAACUCGAAAUUCCGCGAUUCAAACUGUUUCUGAAGAAUAUUGCUGAGCAAAAAGGUUACAAGUGA